GGCGGCGGGAGCAGCAUGGAUUGGGGUACCGAGUUGUGGGAUCAGUUUGAGGUGCUCGAGCGCCACACGCAGUGGGGGCUGGACCUGUUGGACAGAUAUGUGAAGUUCGUGAAAGAACGCACAGAGGUGGAGCAAGCUUAUGCGAAGCAGCUUCGGAACCUCGUGAAGAAAUAUCUGCCCAAAAGACCUACCAAAGAUGACCCUGAAUCCAAGUUCAGCCAGCAGCAGUCCUUCGUACAGAUCCUCCAGGAGGUGAACGAUUUUGCAGGCCAGCGGGAGCUGGUGGCCGAGAACCUCAGCGUGCGUGUGUGUCUUGAGCUGGUCAAGUACUCGCAAGAGAUGAAGCAGGAGAGGAAGAUGCACUUCCAGGAAGGACGGAGGGCUCAGCAGCAGCUGGAAAGUGGCUUCAAACAGCUUGAAAAUGUGAAGUAAACGUAAUUUGAGCGAGACUGCCGGGAGGCAGAGAAAGCAGCCCAGACCGCUGAGAGACUGGACCAGGAUAUCAAUGCCACCAAGGCUGAUGUGGAGAAGGCCAAGCAGCAAGCCCACCUCCGGAGUCAUAUGGCAGAAGAAAGCAAGAACGAAUACGCUGCCCAAUUACAGCGCUUCAACCGAGACCAGGCUCACUUCUAUUUUUCCCAGAUGCCCAGAUAUUUGAUGUGAAAGCUACAGGACAUGGAUGAGCGGAGAGCCACCCGCCUGGGAGCUGGGUACGGGCUCCUGUCGGAGGCGGAACUGCAAGUGGUACCCAUCAUUGCCAAGUGUUUGGAGGGCAUGAAGGUGGCCGCCGAUGCUGUGGACGCCAAGAACGACUCCCAGGUCCUCAUAGAGCUGCACAAGUCAGGUUUCGCCCGCCCUGGUGAUGUGGAAUUUGAAGACUUCAGCCAACCCAUGAACCGCGCGCCCUCGGACAGCAGCCUGGGCACCCCUUCAGACGGACGGCCUGAGCUCCGGGGCCCUGGCCGCAGUCGUGCCAAGCGCUGGCCCUUCAGCAAGAAGAACAAGCCACGUCCCCCUCCCCUUUCCCCCCUGGGGGGCCCCCUGCCCUCCGCCUUGCCUAACGGACCCCCGUCCCCCCGCUCCGGCCGCGACCCCUUGGCCAUACUGAGUGAGAUCAGUAAGUCGGUCAAACCGCGGCUCGCAUCCUUCCGCAGCCUUCGAGGCGGCCGUGGGACUGUGGCAUCGGAGGACUUUAGCCACUUGCCCCCGGAGCAGCAGAGGAAAGCGUGCAGCAGCAGUUUAGAAGAACGCAACCGGGAGCUGCAGAAGGAGGUUGAUCAGAGGGAAGCGCUGAAGAAAAUGAAGGACGUGUAUGAGAAGACACCCCAAAUGGGGGACCCAGCCAGCUUGGAACCCCGGAUCACAGAAACCCUGAGCAACAUUGAGCGGCUGAAAUUGGAAGUGCAGAAGUACGAGGCUUGGCUGGCAGAAGCCGAGAGCCGGGUCCUAAGCAACCGGGGGGACAGCCUGGGCCGGCACCCUCGUCCUCCCGACCCCCCAGCCAGCGCUCCCCCUGACAGCAGCAGCAACGGGUCACAGGACAACAAGGAGAGCUCCGAAGAGCCCCCCUCGGAAGAGGGCCAGGACACCCCCAUCUACACGGAGUUUGAUGAGGAUUUUGAGGAGCCCACAUCCCCCAUAGGCCAGUGUGUGGCCAUUUACCACUUUGAAGGGUCCAGUGAGGGCACCAUCUCUAUGACCGAGGGCGAGGACCUCAGUCUCAUGGAAGAGGACAAAGGCGACGGCUGGACACGGGUCAGGCGGAAACAGGGAGGCGAGGGCUACGUGCCCACCUCCUACCUCCGAGUCACACUCAACUGAACCUGCCAGGGCGGGGAGAGGGGGCUGUCGGCUGCUGCUUCUGGGCCACGGGGAGCCCCAGGACCUAUGCACUUUACUUCUGCCCCGUGGCUUUGGCUGAGACCUGUGUAACCUGCUGCCCUCCGUCCCACCUGUCAUCCCAGGCGGACCCGCUGUGCCUUCCAGCAUCGAUGUACAUACUCAUGUUUCAGAUCUUUUCCUCCUGCCACUCGGCUUGGGCUAUUUUGUUUUAUAUAAAAACAGUUAGGUAAAGUUUCUGGA